UAAGAGGGCGGGCCGGCCAUGCCGGGUGUGUGCGGCUGCCCUUGACAGCCCUGGCUCAGUUUCCCGGGGGCUCCGGAGAUAGCAGCGCCGAGUGGGGACGAGGCGGAUCUCGGAGGGAGGAGGCUUCCCUGCGUCCCAGUGUGGUUCAGGAGUAAGAAAGAGCCCAGGCUGGGAGUUCAGGGAUGUGGGUUCAAGUGCUGCCUCUGCUACUACCUCGCUUCGCGCUGUCAAAAACCCUCGCUCGGUCGCAGUUUUCUCUUUUAGAAUAUGGCCACCAUUCUCCGUGCCCUUCCUUCCACAGGUGGUGGUUAUAAAGACACGAAAGACAGCAGGCGGGGCCCCUCGCCCUAAUGUUCAUCCAAGGUUAGCUGGGACCAAGGACCCAACAGAGGAGUCAGGAAUCAGCCCCCAAGUUUCUGGAACUGUUCUUCCGUCAUUUGAGCCAGACCUGAACACAGUCUGAAGGGCGGGUUUGUAAUCAGUCUGGUGCUAAGGGGGACCUUGCUUAUCUAGCUCCUGACUAGGAUUCUGAACUCUUCAUUCCUGAGUCCCAACUUCCUCACCUGAAUUCACAGAAAGCUACGUUUGGACGUGAGGAAUCCUGGGAGCUGAAGGGGCGUGGACUUGGAUCCCUGUACCUGCUCUGCCACUCACUUUGGCUCCUACUAUUUUGAACCAUAAUAUAAGGGUUUAUGACUUGAACUCCAAGUCUGGUUUUUAGGAUUCCUCAAGUUCCCUUAUCCAUCUGAGAAGGCUCUUGGGCCUCUUUCUUAAGGAUUACUGCCGACGUGGAUCAUCUUGUGAGAGCCCAGUGUCUGUUCUGGGUUUAGAUGAGAAGACUGAGUCCUACAGGUGUUAAGUGAUUUGCUCAAGGUGCAUUGGUUAAUAAGAAUUGCCGCCAAGAAGUGCUAGAGCAGAAUGGCUGUGGGACGGUUUUACCUGUCCUGCCUGAUGUUGGGGUCCCUGGGCUUGCUUUGCAUCCUGUUCACCAUCUACUGGAUGCGGUACUGGCAUAAUGGCUUUGCCUGGAACGUCAGCGACCUCAGGUUCAACUGGCACCCGGUGCUCAUGGUUACUGGCAUGGUGGUGCUCUACGGAGCUGCAUCGCUGGUGUACCGCGUGCCCCAAUCCUGGGUGGGGCCCAAGCUGCCCUGGAAAGCCCUCCACGCAGCCCUCCACCUGCUGGCCUUCAUACUGACGGUGGUGGGGCUGGUAGCCGUCUUUAGCGCUCACAACAAGAAACAUAUCAGUAACCUCUACUCCCUGCACAGCUGGGUGGGGAUCACCACCGUCUUCCUCUUUGCCUGCCAGUGGUUCCUGGGCUUCACCAUCUUCCUCCUGCCCUGGGCGUCCCCGUGGCAGCGCAGCCUCCUUAAACCCAUCCACGUCUUCUUUGGAGCCUUCAUCUUGUCUCUGGCCAUCGCGUCUGUCGUUUCUGGCAUUAAUGAGAAGCUUUUCUUCAGUUUGACAAAUGUCACCAAGCCUUACUCCAGUCUGCCCAGUGAGGCUGUGUUUGCCAACACCACUGGGAUGCUGGUGGUGAUCUUUGGGCUGUUGGUGCUCUAUAUCCUUCUGGCUUCAUCUUGGAAGCGCCCAGAGCCAGGGAUCCUGACCAACAGACAGCCCCUGCUGCAUGAUGGGGAGUGAAUUGGGCAGGGGCUCCGGAGCAGUCAGCGCUGCAGUCUGUCCUCCCCUCAGAAGCUCUCUCUACUGGGGCUCCCGGCUGGUGUCAGCAACAGACUUCCUGUGGGCUCGGAGCCCACGCUUCUCGCUGCUUCCCCAUCAGGCCUGCUGUCUCCAGCCCCUGGCAGCCCAUCUGCUUUGCUUGGUGGCUUUGGUUUCCGCACCCCUUCUCGGCAUCAGCGUCUCAGGUCCCCCAUGCACACCUCCCUGGCUGCCCUGUGCUGCUCCUGCUGUCUCUGAAGAUACAGGUUGAUGUCACCUGAAAAUCCCUAGGGAUAUGGCAGAAGAUCCUGACAGUUCACACGAGCUGGGACCCAAGUGCAGCCUGUAACGUGGAAACCAAGGGUGGGGGCCUUCAGUGUUCCCCCUCACAGGCGCCCCACAUGGCGUAGGCUUCAUCCGCCUGUUAUUACCACGCAGCCCCACCUGGAUGUGAGCUUGGGAGGGGACGGCAGGAGGCAACUGAAGGAGAGGAAGGAGGGCAGCUGAAGCCGCUUGUGCAGACAGAGGGGAAGUUCUCAGCUGUUGUUUCAUAUGGCUGCAUUUUGUCUGUGUGAUGUGAUCACGUGGCUCCCUCUACCUCUCCUAGCUGCUGCUCCAGCAGGCUGGCCAGCCUUUCCCUGUGGCUUACACGCCUGUGGCGAUCAGGCAGCCCUACGAACCCUGGUAACCUGCUCUUCCAGGAACAGACCACCUGUCCCCAAACGUCCCCAUAGAGAUAAAAAGCAGAAGGAGUUGCCGACUUCCUUUAUUUCCUCUUGCUGGCUCAGGCCUUUCCUCCCUUCCCCUGGCGGGUUUACCCUUGCUGCUCUUGGAGGGCCCUGCUGAUUUCCACUCUCUGGCUCACCAUGAAAAUGUGAUGCCAAAGUUGUGGUACACUGAGCCCGGCAGAGCCCUGGGUACCACUGCCGCCUUCAGGGGUGUCCUUACCACAGUGGCUGCUUGCCUGGCUAAACCCAGUCUUCUGGGUCAUGCCGAAGUAGGGGCUGGAGCUCUUCUCCCAAGGAGAAGCGGGUGGAGAGGCAGGAAUCCUGACCCUCUGCUGUGUGCAGCCACUGUGACUUUCCUGCCUUCUCCUCCAAGUGAACCCUGUCUGGGCCUAGGCCCAUCUUGCUGCGCUGAGGAGACAAGUGGCCUGAUGCCCGGGGUUCUGAGCCCACAUGCCCUCUGCUGAGCGGAUGCUGGCAGAAGAGCUGUGGCUGCACUUUUUGAUUGGGACGAAGCCUUCAAAGCCAUUGGGAUGGCUGCCAUGCACCUGUGUCACAUGGCCAGCUCACCCUCUCUCCAUGUGUAGGCACUUAGCUUGUUUAUGAAGGAGCUUGAUUUUCAUUAAACAUGUUUUUAAGAAUCAAAGCUGCCUCUGCUAAAAUAACAUUUGGUUAUGUGGGUCCUGGAGCAACUUAUAAAAGCCUAACAUUUGGUUAUAUGGGUCCUGGAGCAACUUAUAAAAACCUCAGGACAAGUCAGACUCAGGGAGGGCAAACCAGGAGGCACCAAGAUCCACGUGACCAGACUGUCUGGAUGGAAUCACAUGUGAUAGAAUCAUACACCUGUGGAUGGUCCUUAAUGAUUUUUGACCACUUGGAAGGGUCUAGUAUUUUUCCUAUCUAUAGAUCUAGAAAACAAGACUCAAAAAGGGUAAGUGACUUGCCCGAGAGCACCCCACCAGGAAACGGCAGAGUCGGGAUCCACAAGCUGGUUUCAGCCACCAGAGUCUCCGUCCCAGCUGCUGGGAACACGUGCCUGUGCACCAUUCUGAUUUUAUAGACUCUGGGAGGCUGAGUAAUCAGGUCUGAGUUCACGUAGCGGGUGUGAAGCAGGGCCAGGAUUCAAAGUCGUGUCUGAGUCCACAGCCCGGCCGUUAGCCGCUUCCCCACACCGAGGACAUGCCAGGUGUGCACUUGACUGUCUCCACUGUGCACCAGGUUCAACAGCCCAUCCUCACCAGGUGCCCUCAGUGUU